UUUAGAUGAGUCUUUCAUCGGAGUGGAACGACUGAAACUACUAUGCUUACCGCUAUCUACAAUAUUUCGUUGUUUUUGUUUUUCAACGGAGCUCAUGGUGGCAACGAACUAUCAUCUCGUGCAGACCAAAAUGUGAUGCGAUUAUAUCGAGAUCUACUAUAUGACUACAAUAAUGAAGUACGUCCAUCAGUGCACAGUAAGGAACCAAUUAAUGUGACAUUUGUGUUUUCAUUAACGCAGAUUAUUGAUGUGGAUGAACGAAACCAGAUCCUUACGACAAAUAGUUGGAUUCGUCUUCACUGGGUCGAUUACAAACUGGUAUGGGAUCCCCGUCUCUAUCAAAAUGUCACACGAAUACAUAUCCCAAGCGAUAAAAUUUGGAAACCUGAUAUAAUUUUGUAUAAUAACGCAGACGCCCAGUACAUGAAAUCUGUAAUGUCAACGGAUGUGAUAGUUGAUUAUCUCGGUAAUAUACAUUGGCCAUUGUCUGCAAUUUUUACCUCAUCUUGUCCGUUGGACGUGAAACAUUAUCCAUUUGACAGACAGACGUGUAUUUUGAAAUAUGCCAGUUGGGCUUAUGAUGGAACAAAAAUUGAUUUACUUUUGAAAUCUGAGCAAGGUGAUCUUACAAAUUAUAUAACUAACACUGAAUGGAGUUUAAUUGGAAUCCGCGCGGAAAAGAAUCAAGUGAUUUAUAGUUGCUGUCCAGAACCAUAUCCAUUUAUAGAUGUACAUGUAACAAUUGAAAGGAGAGCCAUGUUUUACGUCUUCAACCUAAUUCUCCCAUGCGUCCUUAUCAGUCUGAUCGCUCUAAUGGGCUUCUACAUGCCAACUGAUUCCGGUGAAAAAGUAACUCUAGGCAUCACAUCACUUCUGUCAACUACGGUAUUUCUCAUGAUGGUUGCUGAAGGAAUGCCUCCGACAGCCGAAGCACUUCCACUUAUCGGAAUUUAUUUUGGCGUCACAAUUAUGUUGGUUGCCUUGGGAACAGCAAUGACUGUUUUUACGGUCAACAUUCAUCACACCGGUGUUCAUGGUUAUCCUGUUCCUCCAUUUCUUCAAAUAUUUGCAUUCAGAUAUUUAUCCAAAAUUCUAUUCGUCAGAAUCGAGCCAUAUCACUCAAUUGCGCAUCAUGUCAGGUAUAUGUAUCAGAAAGAACACCCAACGGAAUGCACAUUAUCCGCCAGCGUUCACUACAAAAGACUGCAUGAUUUCGAUGCCAAUGUGGCUAAAAAGGAAGAACAAUACGGAUUGCAACGGGAUAUGUCAAAUCUUUCUGUAAUAUCAGCCAACGUCCAUUGUAACCCCGAUGAUCGGCUCCUUCUUGGCUCUCAGAGUUCUCAAAAAAAUUUAAAUAAAUUUGAUUCGGAGAAAAACCUGCGCUCGUCGCUAUCCAUAAGAAGUGGAAGCCCAACAGCAAAAAAGAAGGGUCACGUUCGUGUAUCGAAUAUUGCCCGAAGUACAAGAAUAAUGGAGACUGAUGUGUCUCAUUUGGUCUCAUUUUCCUCAUUGAAUUCCCACGGAACUCCCAUUGAUUCACCAAUUUAUGGUCGAAAGCUUGGAAGGACUCAAUCCCAAACACCAACUUCCUCAUAUCGAAAUUCAAAUGGGAAUGGAGGAAUAACAUCGGAUCCCCUUCCUCAACAGCUUUCGAAUCCUCCCAAAAUUUCAUUGACUGAUGUUGAUGAUGUUUUCGAGAAUAACGAAAAUCAACAGCCAAUGGUCGAUGAAUUUGAAAAAGAGUUCUUGAGGGUUAUGUCAAUGGUUCACGGAAUUAUUGAAAGAAAUGAAAUGAGAGUUGCUGAAAAGGAUAAACGAGAUGCAAUUGCUCUCGAAUGGCAACAGGUUGCAAUGGUGCUCGAUCGCUUCCUGCUUGUGGUGUUUCUCAUAGGCACAUCAAUGUCGACAUUUGUAAUAUUGAAUCAGCGAAAUCUUUUUGAAUCUACAUAAUGACGGGUUAAUCAAUAAAUUCAUUUGUAUA